AGAAAUGCAGAUCGUGAGUCAUUGCGCUAAGUGUGACCGACCGGACUCGGCCGACAACUUAGUCGGGUGCGAUACAUGCGAGACGUGGGUACACUUCGGAUGUGCACAAGUGAGCGAUUCGAUCGUCAAUCGCAGUUGGAAAUGCGAUCAAUGUCGUGCAGAGCAUUCCAUAAUCCAACCACAAGGGUCGGUUACUCGUUCCACCUCGAGCAAGCGCUCGUCCAGGGUAGACCUCAACCUGAGGAUGAUGGAGGAACAAAAGGCCAUGCGAAUGAGGAGAAUUCUGGAAGAAGAAGCAGCUCGGGCUGCUACAAGGAAGAAGUUAGCUGUGGAGGAGGAGGAGUUUCUCAAGAAGAAGUAUGAGAUUCUUCUAGCAGAGACGGAGGAUUCGGAAGAUGGAGCCAGUAGGAGAUCGAGACUGAGCAGUCGAGCUAGUCGGGAGAGGGUCCAAUCGUGGCUGAGCAACCAGGAAGUCGGCACAACACACAAAGUGGAAGUAGUGCCAUCCAGUAGCAUCAUGCCAACGGUCGUAGUCUCAGAAGCAGCUCAGCAGUCUAUCGUUCCUGUUCCUGCUACUUCAAGUCCCAUCGUGUCGAACAUCCCUGUUUCGGCAACUUCUGUCCCAGCGUCAACUUCUACGCCAAUUUCGAUGGACGUUUCCAGGAGCGUCGAGUGUGCUGAUGGAACAAUCGUUCCUCAAGUGCAAACUCCGGUGAUGUCAAGACAACACAUCGAAACUACCCCUCGAUCGCAAGUAAGUCCGUCGAUGACUAGAUGCUUCUCUUCUAUCGGGAUCAACUCCCGUGGGCCAAUGGAUGAAGAAAGGGCUCCACUAAAUAAAAGUGCUCCACCUUCGAUUGUCGACUUUUCUUCUGUAGCUGGUCGCAAUCGUCUACCAGAAAAUAAUAAUCAAAUAAAUAUGAGGUCAUCGGGAUGUGAUAAUGUGAUCGCGUCUUCGACUAGUGUAGGGCCAAUGUUACACGAUAGAUUAGUAGAGAAAAGUGUACCAGAAGUUUUUCCCGUCUACUACGGGCCCAGUCACAUACCUAUGCCCAGUUGUAAUCCUAUGUUCUCAACUUCCAAUCCAAGUCUGGGUCAGAAUUAUAACACAAACAGUUUAAUGCAAAACUUCCACAACAUCGUCGCUACUAAUCCAACAAUGUCGUUUCUCAAUGGGGGCGCUGGAUGCUUGACAAACGGGUAUCCAGUAAGUUCACAAAAUCCUGCUUCAUCAAUAACGAUGGGAAUUUCUCGAUCUAUGCUGAAUUUCGGAUGUCAACCAACGUGGAGCAACGCGAAUAUUACCAGUACGAGCGUCGCUGGGACGAACGGUGGAAUAGAGUCGGUCUCCAUGAAACACAUUCCGGUUUCAUCGCAGAGAAGGUUGAUUCUGAACAGUGUCGGCGAAGUUCCAGGACUCACCAAUGUAUCGAUGCCACCUACAUCCAGUGUAACCUUUCCCCAGUUUGGGACUCAGCAACAAUCCGUUACUCCAGUCCGAAAUGGGCCAUCUAAUGAACAAAUGGCGGCGAGGCAAGUGAUGCCACGGGAGUUGCCAAACUUCUCUGGCGAUCCGCAGGACUGGCCGUUGUUCUACAGCUCGUUCUGCAACUCCACAGAAGCAUGUGGAUAUACGGAUUCGGAAAACCUGGCAAGAUUGCAGCGUUGUCUAAAGGGUAGUGCGUUAGAAGCAGUUCGGAGUCGUUUGCUGAUGCCACAGUCUGUGCCUUUCGUUAUCGAUAUACUUAGAAGGUUGUAUGGUCGACCAGAAAUUUUAAUACAUUCUCUCCUCCAAAAGUUGCGAACGGUACCUUCUCCAAAAUUUGAUAACCUGCAGUCGCAGAUUAACUUCGGUCUCGCGGUACAAAACGUCGUAGAUCAUAUGACUAUCGCCAAUCUUCCUGAUCAUCUGUGGAAUCCGACGCUGCUCCACGAAUUGGUAGAGAAAUUGCCACCUCAAAUCAAGAUGCAGUGGUCUUACUACAAGAGCAGAUUCUCUUGUGUCAACCUAACGACCUUUAGUGCUUUCAUGUCCGAGCUUGUGAUGAUGGCCUCUGACGUUACGCUUCCGAUGGACGCCCUCGCACUGAACUCGAAGACUGGUAAAUCGAUUAAAGAAAAACCGAAGCUGUACAUGCAUACUGAGGAUCAGCGGGAGAAGAACUCUGAAUUUGCCGAGAAAAUGAAGACGCCAAUGGAACAGGCAAAGAAGACCUGUGUGUAUUGCGGUAAAGAACGUCACGAGAUCGCGAACUGCAUCCAAUUCAAAGCGCUCGAUGUUGACGGUAGGUGGAAGGCAGUUAAAGAGAAGAACCUGUGUAGGAGUUGCCUUGUACCACACCGCAAAUGGCCAUGUCGUACCAAAAAGGAGUGUGGCAUUAACGGAUGUAGAAUAUAUCACAACAGUCUUCUACAUCCAACGAGCAGUUCGGAAAAGACGAACACAGCGAGAACUACAGGGAAUACAGACACUGUUGUACAUCAAAAUCUACAUCGCUCUAGGUCUUAUUCUUUAUUCCGUUAUUUGCCAGUUACUAUACAUGGAAAUGGAAAACAUGUCAGUACUUACGCGUUCCUGGACGAUGGAUCGAAUUCUACCCUUCUGGAAAACAAAAUCGCGUCCGCUCUAGGCAUCAAGGGGCCAACCGACGGUUUCUGUCUGAGUUGGACAGGCAAUAUCUCGCGGGAAGAAAAAGAAUCUCAACGAAUCAGUAUAGUAAUCUGCGGGGAUGGCAAGAAGUUUAAACUCCAUAACGUGAGAACGGUUCAGCAGCUCCAGUUACCUGCGCAAACGAUGCGCUAUGAGGAUCUAGUCCAAACCUACCAUCAUCUGAAGGGACUUCCGGUUCGCAGUUACGAGGGUGCGAUCCCGGGCAUCAUCAUCGGUAUAGAACACAUACGACUAUUAACUGCAUUGCGAACACGAGAAGGAAAAGACAAUGAACCGGUAGCAACAAAGACACGUCUCGGAUGGUGCAUAUUCGGGAAAAACUCCGACAGCGGAACAGCGAUGGAGCAGUUGAACCUACAUCUAGCUGAUGAGGUGCAAAAUCGCGAUCUGCAUCAGUGGAUGAAGCAAUUUUUUGCCGUUGAAGAGUCGAGUGUAACGGUUAAACCCGAACCGGAAGAAGACAAACGAGCGCGGAAAAUAAUGGAAGCAACCACACGACGUGUCAAAGGUGGUUUCGAGACAGGGCUGCUUUGGAGGUUCAACAACAUCUGCUUUCCCGAUAGCUAUCCGAUGGCAUUGCGGGGAUUGCAUGCGUUGGAGAAACGACUAAGUCGAGAUCCAGUUCUUGAAGCAAAGGUGAGAAACCAGAUAAUGGAAUAUGAAGUGAAGGGUUAUGCUCAUCGAACUACGCCAGAAGAACUUCGAUCUACGAACCCAAAUAAGGUCUGGUAUCUACCUUUGGGAGUCAUACAGAACCCGAAGAAACCGAAUAAGUUGCGGUUGAUAUGGGACGCUAAAGCACGAGCAGGAGGAGUGUCGUUCAACGACAUGCUAUUAAAAGGUCCUGAUCUGCUGGUAGCCCUGAUGGAGGUAUUACUACGGUUCAGACAAGGGAACAUCGCAAUAGUAGGCGACAUAAGAGAGAUGUUCCAUCAGAUUUGGAUUCGAGACGAAGACAAGCAGGCCCAGCGAUUCAUUUAUCGAUCAUGCCCUGGGUCAGAACCCCAGAUAUAUACUAUGGACGUUGCGACGUUUGGAGCGACAUGCUCGCCGAGUCUGGCACAGUACGUAAAGAACAAAAAUGCAACGGAGUUCGCGAGAUCAUUUCCGAGAGCGGUGAAAGCCAUAACAGAUAACCACUACGUGGAUGAUUUUCUGGACAGCGUAGACACAGAAAAGGAGGCCGUCCAGUUGGUUAACGAAGUGAAAUUCGUCCAUUCUCAAGCAGGAUUCGAUAUCCGUAACUUCUGCUCUAAUUCAGUCGAAGUCCUAGCGAGAAUCGGAGAAACGACAGAACGCCAGCAGGUAUCCAUGAACCUGGACAAAUCACCAGAGUCUGAACGGGUGCUGGGAUUGAUCUGGAGGCCAGCAGACGAUGUCUUUAGCUUUGACUUGAGCAAUAUGAAGGAGGAGAUUAGGGAACUUGUCGAGAGUAGAACCGUUCCUAGCAAACGACAGGUUCUGCGAACUGUAAUGUCCCUAUUUGACCCAUUGGGACUCAUUUCACACUUCGUGGUGCAUGGGAAGAUUCUCAUGCAACAGAUUUGGAGAACCGGAACGGACUGGGACGAACUCAUUGUGGAGGAAUUGUGGGAUCAAUGGAAGCAGUGGUGCCAAUACAUGCAGCGUUUGGAUGAAGUGAGAGUACCACGCUGUUUCUUUAAAGGGGUGAACAUCUCUGCACUCAAAGAGGCGGAAGUUCAUCUAUUUGUGGAUGCGAGUGAAUUGGCAUGCGCGGCGGUUCUUUAUCUCCGAGUCCUCGACAGCGGUAAGCCCAGGUGUGCUCUGGUAGCCGCUAAAACUAAAGUGGCCCCACUAAAACCUCUCUCCAUUCCACGUCUGGAGCUUCAAGCAGCGAUGAUCGGGACAAGGUUGAUGGACUUCGUCCUGAAAUCCCUGGAUGUCCAAAUAAAGAAACGCUUCUUGUGGACAGAUUCCUCAACUGUUCUCUGCUGGUUGCGGUCUGAUAGCCGGCGGUAUCAUCAAUUUGUUGCCUUUCGUGUAGGAGAGAUCCUCUCAACAACUACAGUGGAUGAAUGGCACUAUGUACCAUCAAAAAUGAACAUAGCCGACGUAGCCACGAAAUGGAAGGAGGGGCCAAGCUUCGAUCCGACCAGUCCGUGGUACAAUGCUCCAGAAUUUUUAUACCAAGAACAGGAGCAGUGGCCUUCAGAACCCCCGCGGAAACAAGCAGAAACAGAAGUCGAACUGCGUUCUGCAUUUUUAUUCCACGGCAUGAUGCCGAAAGCCGUUGUUGAUUGUUCCAGGUUUUCAAACUGGAAUCGUCUAUUGAGGGCGACCGCUUACGCUUUGCGUGCUGUACGCAGAUUUAGAGGGGAACCGGCGUCCCAGUCGGAUUUUCUAUCUCAAAAAGAGUUGUGUGAUGCGGAAAUAGUGAUAUGGAAGCAGGUGCAAGCUGGAACCUAUUCAGACGAGUACGCGAUUCUGGAGCAUAACCUGACGAAUCCCACAAGUUUAGCUCCAUUCCCGAAAUCUAGUCCACUCUAUCGACUUUCGGUAUUCUUGGAUGAACGAGGUGUCGUCCGAAUGAACAGUAGAAUAUCUACUUCGCCGUCUGUAUCGUAUGACACGAAAUUUCCGAUUGUGCUGCCAAGGAAAGAAUAUGCAGUCUAUCUUCUAACGGAGAGCUAUCACCGGAGGUUUCUUCACAGGAACGGGGAGACAGUCUGCAAUGAAAUGCGUCAACGAUUCUUCGUACCCGGACUUCGAAUUCUGAUUCGGCAGGUGGCAAAGCAGUGCGUGACGUGUCGUAUUCGAAAGGUUGUUCCAAAUCCUCCUCUGAUGUCAGCUCUGCCUGCAGUUCGUGUUACAGGAAUGAUCAGACCGUUUACGUUCACUGGAGUGGACUAUCUAGGACCAAUACAGGUCAAGCAAGGUCGCAGCUUGGUAAAGAGGUGGGUGGCAUUGUUUACCUGCUUGACUAUACGUGCUGUACAUCUAGAAGUGGUGCACAGUCUGUCCACCCAGUCAUGUAUAAUGGCCAUCAGACGUUUUGUGGCUCGUCGUGGUUCCCCGGAGAAUUUUUAUAGUGACAACGGCACAAAUUUCUUGGGAGCGAGCAACAUAUUGAAGAAUCAGAUACAGAAUAUCCAUGAGGACUGUGCGGUCACGUUUACGAACAGCAAGACCAACUGGAUUUUCAAUCCACCAUCAGCACCUCAUAUGGGCGGUUCAUGAGAGCGUAUGGUGCGCUCCGUAAAGGCUGCCAUGUCAGCAAUUGCGGACCAUCCACAUCAUCCGAACGAUGAAGUUCUGGAGACGGUAGUGCUGGAGGCUGAGGCCAUUGUCAACUCCAGGCCGCUAACUUACAUCCCUUUGGAAUCGAUUGAGCAGGAGUCGCUUACGCCGAAUCAUUUCCUGCUCUUUGGCACCAAGGGUAUCACACAGCCGGAGAUGUCGACAAGGCUGGAAGGAGGAAUCCUGCGUGACAGCUGGCGUCUAGCGCAAUGCCUGGUGGAUCAUUUUUGGAACCGUUGGAUUCGAGAGUACCUUCCAACUAUAACCAGACGCACCAAGUGGUUCGAACCGGCUAAGCCGUUGGAAGUUGGGGACCUGGUACUCGUGGUAGAAGAGAGUAAACGGAACGGAUGGUUGAGAGGCAGAAUUCUAGAUGUGGUUAAGGCAGCGGAUGGGCAAGUUCGACGAGCAGUUGUGCGGACUAAAAACGGAAUACUCAACAGACCUGCAGUGAAAUUGGCACUUCUGGAUCUUCAGAAACCUGGGGACGGUCCGGAACUACACGGGCAGGGGGAUGUUACGAAACCACAGGGCAGUUUCGUGCAGUAGGAGGGUGAGCUCAGCCCGUCCGUAGCAGCCAACGUAAAAACAACAAAUAAAUAACGAGAAACGUUAGACAGCAAAACACAGUAGCAAAAACAAAAGAAUCUCACGUGAUACGGCAAAAGAGUGGCAAACGAGUUGAGAAGAAAAAUAAUUAGUUAUCCUAGAAUAAAAACCUUUUCCUAAUAUAUCUAUAUCCUACGCUAUUUACAUUUACAUUCCUACAACAAAUCUUAACCUAUUUCUAUAAUCAAGAGUGAACUUAAAGGUAAAUGAAUUUAUAAACUUAGCUAGACUUAUAACUAAUAGUACGGUCAUUUAGUAGUCACUAAUCAAGAGGAUUUAUAAAAGAAGUGUUCGGAUAAAACGAAGAACAAAACGAAAAUGUAAGUGAAAACUUUGUAUAUUGUGAACCAUGAAUUCAAACGAAUACAUUACAGCUUUGAAGCUGCGAGUUAGCUGCUAUCUGGACGUUUUUCUUAACCCAUCCGAACACUCUAUGUACGAUAGUUAUACGAUUUAAUGUUUGCUGGGUAACUUAAAUUUAAUGCGACAUGUCGAGGCACCACUCAGGGUCGCUUUGGAGGCGAUUUUGGCCUGUAAUUGAACAUUGGCGAUGUGAGUGGUACAGUGUCUACGUCUGGUGGCAACUUUAAUAUGGCGCCAUAAUUUGGGCUCCGAGCUCGAUGUUUACAAAAACCUCCAAUUAAACGUGUCACAUUACAGGUCUGUUCAAUAAUCUAAACGUCGCAUUAAAUGUAACUUACUGUAUGUAAACAAUAUUUAUUCCCAGCUGUUUUGAGGCAUCUCGCACAAAUUGACAAUAUCAUUCAGUUGUCAGUGCAAGUCGGUGCAAUUUUAAGAGUGUAAAAAAAGUUCACUGUUUACAUAAAAGCAAUCUCGAAUCGGUUCCACUUUUUUGCUUGAAGUUACUAUCCCCUGAUAGUCUGCUGAUUAACUGACUGACAGUUAGUAAUGACUUUUGGCUUCUUCACGCAGUUUCUCUGCCAAAACGACUGAACAGUCAGUCGGGCGUUUAGUCGCUAUCUCCCUCUACCGACUCGACUAUAUCAUUUCAUUCUUCCCAGUCAAAUCGUCCUCAUCGCAUUUUGAAGUGACUUCUCCCAAAAUGAAUUCGUUCCUCUCUUUCUCUCUCCCAU